UCUACAAGAUGAAUUAGCCAAUUUCAAGGUGUUAUUUUCUUGGAAAAUUCAAAGUUCCGUAUAUACACACACAGUUUGUAUAUUUAUCUUGCAGUACUCAUUAUCAGAUUCAGUUGUGUCACCCCAAUUAAGAAAUCUCAAAAUCUGUUUCAUAAGUUUUUGCAAUGAAUCAGCUACAUGUUUUCUUUUUACCUUAUUUGGCUUAUGGCCAUAUGAUUCCAACCCUAGAAACGGCCAAGCUUUUCACUUCUCGGGGUGUUCUGUUCUGACAACUAUGAUUGUCACUCCUGGAUUUGUAGAACCAGUUGAAAGGGCCAGGAAAUCUGGAUUCAAUAUUGGGAUUCAUGUGAUGAAAUUUCCACCGGAAGAAUCCGGAUUGCCUCAUGGAAUCACGAGUGAUCAAAUAUCAGAUGAUAUGCUUCCCAUGUUCUUAAAAUCCAUGGAUCUGCUUCAAGAACCCCUUGAAAAACUUCUGGAAGAAUUCCGUCCAGAUUGUCUUGUUGCAGACAUGCUCUUUCCCUGGGCUAAUGAUGCAGCAGCGAAAUUUGAUAUCCCAAGAUUGGUUUUCCAUGGAACAAGUUUUUUGGCUUUCUGUGCUUCAGAACAUAUGAGGAUCUACAAGCCUUACAAGAAUGUAUCCUCGGAUUUGGAGGAGUUCGUGUUGCCCAACCUUCCACAUCAGCUGAAGUUUACAAGAACACAGGUGCCUAAUUUUUAUCGAGAAGAAAUUGAAAAUGAACUGACAAAAUUGUUAACCAAAGUAAAAGAAUCAGAGGUCAGAAGCUAUGGAGUUCUUUUUAACAGCUUCUACGAGCUGGAACCUGAUUAUGCCGAUCAUUACAGGAAAGUAUUGAGAAGAAAUGCAUGGCAUAUAGGCCCACUUUUGCUAUGCAAUAAAGGAGGAGAAGAUUAUAAAGGACAUAGAGGAAAAUAAUCCGCCAUUGAUGAACACGAAUGCUUGGAAUGGCUUAAUUCCAAGGAACCAAAUUCUGUAGUUUACAUCUGUUUU